UGCUUGACUUCAUUCAGCUCUAUAAGCAUCCAUGACGCCGAAUAUACCUGCAGAGCCGUAUUUGCGCUUCUGUAAAAAGAGCAUGGCCGCGCGAUGUUAUUGAGGAUUUCGCGAGUGGAAGAAGAAGAGUGUCGUGCGUUCGUGUGGGACGUUUCGCGCCGAGACAGGCGGGAAAGGGUGGCCGUCUCGCAGAGAUCAUCGGCGAUAACAAUCCGUACGUCGAGGAGCAGCAAAAUUUAGCGAGGCGAGCGCGCGCGCGAGGAUAUUUUAGCGAAGAAAACAGGUGACGAGACGGAAGCUAAGAGGCGCUCUUUUUCUCUCUCUUUCUUCCCCGAAAAAAUGCGUUCGACCGCGACGAGUCGUCGCGAGUGUCAUGCAUCUCGUCGCAUCAGGGAAUGACUCGCGCCCCCGCCCCGAAAAUAAGCGGCUCAGUACAGUUCGUCAUUGCGUAGACGCAGCAGCGGUACGCGCCGAGCGCGGAGGACGGCUCUUAGCACGAUUUUUCGGUUUGUGGUGUGAGUGCAGCUUGUAGAAUUAGUAACCAAUUGGUACUGAAAUCGAAUUAUUAGUUAAUAGUUUUUGAAUCAAAGGAAAGAAUGUCACUAAAACCCAAGAAAGUAGACUUUAAGCAGACUUGGGAUAUAUUACAAGAGACUGUCAAAGGAGUGAUAACAUUAGCAAAUAUACCACGCGCUACAUGGAACGACAGAUUUAGUGAUGUUUACUCUUUGUGCGUCGCAUAUCCUGAACCAUUGGCAGACCGUUUGUAUAAUGAAACAAAGAGGUUUCUGAUCAAUCAUGUAGAAAAAUUAUUGACAGAGGUCCAGUACAAUGAUAAACUGAACCUGCUGCCGGCGUACCAUCGCGCCUGGACAGAGUAUUCGCAAGGCAUUUAUUACUUGCACAGCUUGUACUUAUACCUCAAUCAGCAACACAUUAAGAAGCAGAAGCUCUCGGAAGCGGAACUCAUCUAUGGCACGAGUUCUAACGCGGACGAGUGCCAGGAGCAGAUGGAGAUCGGUGCGCUAGGUUUGGACAUUUGGAAGAGAAAGAUGAUAAUGCCACUUAGGGAGAAACUUGUCAAUUUUCUACUCAUAUGUAUCAGCGCCGAUAGAGAUUCGAAAUAUGAGUUUGUCGGCACCGACGUGAUAUGUGGUGUUAUACAGAGUUUCGUGCGGGUCGAAGAAUACAAGAUGAAAGGAAAAUUACAUUUGUAUCAAGAAAUUUUCGAGGCACCUUUUCUAGAAGCUAGCGGAGACUUUUAUACGGCAGAAGCAUCAGGCUUGCUGCAACAGUCAGACGUUACACGUUAUAUGGAAAAAGUAACAAUGAUACUCAAUCAAGAGGAGCAGCGAGCGCAUAAAUUCCUUCACAAGAGUUCUGUAUUACAAGUUAGAGCGUGUUGUGAGCAGAAAAUGGUAGCUGCACAAGCCCAUUGGCUUUAUACGGAAGCAGAGACGAUGAUAAAAAAUGAGAGUAAGCGAGAUUUAGCUCUUCUUUACCCACUUCUGAAGCCUUUAUCAGGAGGCUUAGAUCCACUUGUACAAAAGCUCACUCGUCACAUCACGCAGCAAGGACUGCAAGCGAUUGGACCUCUGCAAGGAGAAAAUGUGUACACACAGUUUGUGGAAAAUAUGUUAAAUGUACAUUCUAAAUAUUCUGAACUGAUCAAGGAUGUGUUCAAGGCAGAUCAAAGCUUCGUAGGUGCACUUGAUAAAGCUUGCUCUGCUAUUGUGAAUUAUAGGCCCGUUCCGAAACAACCAGUCCGAGCGCCAGAAUUGCUGGCGAAAUAUUGCGAUUCCUUGCUGAAAAAAUCUCCCAAGGCUGCCUCCGAAAGUGAAAUUGAGGAUAAACUAAGGCGUUCUAUAACUGUAUUCAAAUACGUAGACGACAAAGAUGUUUUUCAGAAGUUCUAUUCGCGUAUGCUGGCUAAGCGGUUGAUACACCAGCAAUCGCAGUCGAUGGAUGCGGAAGAGAUGAUGAUCGACGAUUUAAAACGGGCGUGUGGUUAUGAAUUCACGAACAAGCUUCAUCGUAUGUUUACGGAUAUGUCCGUCUCAGCGGAUCUCAAUGCAAAGUUCACAGCAACCUUGCGAGAAGGCGACGGAGAAAAUCAAUUAGGCACUGGUUUUGGAGUGAAAGUGUUGCAAGCCGGCGCGUGGCCACUCGGUUUACCUCCAUCGCCCGGUCCGUUUCACGUUCCGCAACAGUUGGAGAAAUCGAUACAGGCUUUCGAGACGUUUUAUCACAUGCAGUUCAGCGGACGGAAGCUGACGUGGUUGCAUCACUUAAGCCAAGGCGAGCUUAAGUUCAAUUAUUUGAAAAAACCUUACCUCGUCACCGUGCAGACGUAUCAAAUGGCGUUGCUGCUGCUCUUUGAAAAGUGUGACGCGUUGCCGUGCAAGGAGGUAGCAGCAUCGUUAAGCCUGUCGCACGAACAACUUGUGAAACAUGCCGGCAGCCUCGUAGACUGUAAAAUUCUCAACAGAUCUUCGGGCGUGGAGUUGGAUGAGGACACUAUUCUCAUGCUCAAUUUCGAUUACUCCAAUAAGAGAACCAAGUUCCGCGUGACCGGUGUGUUGCAGCGGGACGCGCCGCAGGACGCGGAGGCCACGCAUCGCAGCGUGGACGAGGAUAGGAAAAUGUUUCUACAAGCAGCUAUAGUUCGCAUCAUGAAGAGUCGCAAGGUGUUGAGACACAAUCAACUUAUACAGGAGGUUCUGAGUCAAUCGAAAGUCACAUUCGCACCUUCCAUUGGAAUGAUUAAGAAGUGCAUUGAAACUCUAAUAGAUAAACAAUACAUUGAACGUACGCCAAAUAGUGCGGACGAGUAUUCAUAUAUCGCGUAGCCUCUUAACAUCUGUCACUAAUUUAUUUCACUCGAGAUGCGCCUCGAACAUUUCGUUGAAAAUUGUUGAAAAUGAUCGGCAAUUAUCAAUUACACAAUUCGCUUCAACGAAUUCUUCAAAUAGGAAAAAGAGAAAUGCUCAGUGAGGGCCCACGAAGCGAAUUUAUCACAGCGCUUGAAAAAUCGGGAAGUGCAUCUUAGCUCGCUUAUUUGCUCCUAGGAUCAAUCGAUUAAUAAAUAUCUUAAUUAAUUUACUGACUUGUAAUAUAUGCACACUGAAUAAAGAUGAUGUUACUAUUUUA